CAACCUAGCUUAAUUCUAAUACCAGAACUAAAACUCUUCUAAAUCACACUAAACAAAAGAAAAGUCUUUUUAACACUUCUCUUCUCUGACCAUUUCUCUUCGCUUUCUCAACCUUGCCUCUCUGCUCAUUCGCUUAGCUCUCUUGAAAACUCAUUGUGCUUUCGAUGAUGUUUCCUUUUUAACUUACACCGUAUUAUCUGAUCUGGGUUUUCUCUAUUUCUCAUUCAGAUCGUAGUUUUCAAGCAAAACUUUCCUUUACUCUUUGUUGGCUUCAGUCUUGAAAAACCAUUGAAAGAAACAAAAAGAACAAAAACAAAAGCCAGCUUUUUCUUUGGGGGUUUCAGUAACUUCCUUGAUUGGUAUAAUGAGAUUAUGAAAAAUGGGAUUUGUGUCAAAGAUGCAGAAUGUUGAUAUAUGUUUAAAGAAAAGGUAGGAAAAGAAGAGGAAUUAAAACAAGAAAAUGCGUUUCUUAUUAAUUUAAAAGGGCAAAACAUGCAGUUGGAUGAACCAUAUAGGAGUUUCUGUUGUGGUUUAGAAAACUUCUUCAGUUGUUUGAAAUUGUUUUUAAAGUGCUUCUUUUACCAUGAGAAGAGGUAGAGGAAAAGCAAAGAAGCAGACUGUUGUCCUUUCUCAUGAUGAUCCUGGAAGUGGUGAAGAUGAAAAAAUUCCAGCAUAUAAAAGAAGAGGAAGGCCACAGAAGCAAUUGAAGGAUGAUAUUGAGGAUGAUGAAGUGGAGAAGACUGAAGAAGAUGGUGAAGAUGUAAAAGGUUCCAUUCUUAUCAAGGAGAUGAAAAAUCGGGCUGCCACAGAGAAUGGAAGGAAGAGGAAAAGGUCAGUGCAGGCAAAAGAAAACAUAGAGUCAGUCAAGAAAGAAAAUGGCAUUACAACUAAUUCAAGCACUGAUGAUUCAACUAAAUGUGUUGGAUAUCGACAAAAUAGUAGCAGGCGCAAAAAUAAGCCUCGACGGGCUGCUGAAGCUGUUGUUGAGUGCAAGAUUUUCUCUUUUUCCGUUUGGGUACAAGGAGAAAAGCCUAUGAUGCAAUUUGAGGUUCAGGGAGGGAAAGGAAAGGAAGUCUUGAAGUCAGAAAACCGGCGGAGUAAAUGUGCUUGUAUAUGUUGAAGAACUAAAGCAUUGAGCAAAUGGCGCUUGUGAAAGGAAUGCCAGAUUCUUGUUAAGAUUCCUUUCUGAACUUUGGUAAAGAAGAUCAGUUGAUUAACAAGGUGCUGUAGUUUUUCCUUUUUCUAUGCUUCUAAGCCCCUUUCACUGCAAGGUAUCUUUUAGCUGUCGGCUAUAGAUGUAAUGAUUAAUAUCAUUAGUUUGACACAUUUAUGGAAGAAAUCUCUUAUAUGCGUAAAUCAUGCCAUAUUCAUCUUUAGUAGAAACUGAAUAUCAUCAUUAUUAUGUAGCAUACACGUAGAAAAUAGAUCUAUUUAUUCACACAUCUCUGGUUUUCUAGUCCAAUAGCAUCGUUUUGCUUUUUCAUCCAUUUUGCAUGUUUCUUUGGUUUACUUCACUUUACCUAAUGGUAAAUCUGGAUAGUGAGCUUUAUGGAUUAUGAUUGAAAUUUUAUUGAAAAUCUCUUAUCAAACACUCCUAAUGAAAUCUAUAAUACUAAACCUGUAUUAAAAACAUAAAAUUUUGUUGGUGAUAAAUGUUUAAAAAUUACAGAGAACACAAUGUUGGUUGUUGCUAUUAACUAAAAAGAACCUACAUUUGUUGUUCUGAAUUGAGUGCUUCCAAAGGUAUCGGAUAGGCUGGUUCUUGUAUUGAUCCUCAAUUCUUCGUAAACAAAAGCCACCUGUUUAAUGGUUGUGUUUCCAUGUUUGGUGACUGUGAGUUAUGACGUGUGAGAUAGUUUCAACGUGUCAACAACAAUUAACUUUUUUUUUUUUUUUGCAAUGGGUUCCUGCAACUGCAAAUGUCA